UCCUCCGUUAUUGAAUUGGAAAUGGGAUGCAAUAAUGUAAAGCUGCGUUUGCAGGUUUUCCUUUAAAAGAUGCCACUUUACAAAUACCCUCCCCGCAUCUGGGAUUCUCUGAAGUUAAAACGGGAUUUAUGCCGGCUGCCCGAACACUACCUCCGUACGCUACAGGAAAGCCACUCGCCCACGCCUGUCCACUGGAAACCCCAUGGGGUUAAAUACAAAGUAAAUGCCAAGACAGGUGAAAGAGAGCGAGUCCAGGAUGUACCAAUUCCGCCACAGUCUCAGAAGGGUUUGUGGGGAGGUGAAGGUUGGAUACAGGGAUACAGAUAUUCCAACAAUGACAAGCUGUCUGCUCGAGUGAAAAAGGUCUGGAAGCCUCAGCUUUUUACCCGGGAGCUGUACAGUGAAAUUCUCAACACCAAGUUUAGCAUUACUGUGACCAGUCGAACCCUUGAUCUGAUUGACGCAGUUUAUGGUUUUGAUUACUACAUUCUCAAGACUCCAAAACAAGACUUAAACUCAAAAUUUGGAAUGGAUCUGAAACUUUUAAGAUUGGCACGCAAGGACACUGAUUUGUACCCAGAGAAUCCAGUGAAGAAGGAGGCUGUUUAUUCCAGAUACAAGGAGUUUGUUAUUCCAGAGGACGAAGCAGAGUGGGUAGGCCUCAGCCUGGAAGAAGCUGUGCAGAAACAGAGGGUCUUGGAAAAGGAGGAACCAGUUCCACUGUUUAAACUUUUUGCCGAAAACCUGGUCCGGGAUCUUGAAGCUCAAAAACUGUCAGAUCCAGUUGCUGUUAACCGCAAAUCUUGAAGGACGACACCGGAACAUGUAUUUGAACCCUGGCCAGAG